AUGUCCGGCAAGCUUGCAACUCUGGAUCCUUCAAUGGCCGACCGCCUUCCCUCUCACUCACAGCUCCUCUUUGAUGCCAAGGCGCAAAGCGGCCAUACCUUCGAGGCCAUCGCGAAGCACUUGGGCCGCAGCGAGGUGGCUGUGGCGGGCAUCUUUUAUGGCCAGGUGCAAGCGUCGGACGAAGAUGUCGAGAAGCUUUCAGAACUCCUCGGCGUCGAUGCAGCGUCCUUGAAGCCUAAGUUAACUGCCUUUCCCGACCGCGGUCGUUCGGGACCUAUGCCGCCUGUCGAGCCGCUCAUCUACCGCUUGUACGAGAUUGUACAGAACUACGGCUACGCCUACAAGGCCAUCAUGAAUGAAAAGUUUGGCGAUGGUAUCAUGAGCGCUAUAUGCUUCAAUACCAAUGUUGAGAAGGAGACAGACGAGGCCGGGAACCCAUGGGUCGUCAUCACCCUCAAGGGCAAAUGGCUCCCGUUCACCCGCUUCUAG